AUGUCUCUACCAAAUAAAUCUCUUGAUAAAAAUAAACGUUAUGCUGGUGUUAAAGCGAAUGAUUUUGUAAACAAAACUCGAGCAAAUGAAACAAAUCGAUCAACUGGUAUGUAUUUAUUUCAACCAAAAUCUCAUAAUUUCUAUGUUUAUUUUGCAUCAGUUCGUCCUCAAGGAUGGGCAAAUUUAGGAAAAAUAAAUAGUCGUCGAAUACCACCACCAGCUAAUUUACCUAGUUUAAAAAGUGAAACAGGUGUUAAUUCACCAACAUUUGAUCCAACAAUAACAAUAAAUCAUAGUUGGACAUCAAAUGAAAAUCCAACACAACAACAAAUUGAUUCAUUACCAGUUAAUUCUCCAACACUACCACCAUCAUCAUUAUUACCACAACCAUUAAUGGAUAUUGAUAAACCACGUUUAACAUCAACAUGGAAUACAAUAACAUCAGGUACAAAUAUAAAUUUAAAUGAACAAAUACCAAGUUUACUUCCAUUAAAUGAUUAUCCUCGUUUAUCAACAACACAAGAUCGUAAAUUACAAACAGAAUCAAUAACAAAUAUACAAAAUCCAAGUUUACGUCCAGCAAAUAUAGCUAUAUGGAAAGAUGGUGGUAGUAAUAAUCGUAUACAACAAUCAUUAACAAAUGAUCUAACACAAAUAAUAUCAAAUAAUCCUGGUGCUAAUUUAUAUCAACAACAAAUAUCAAAUACAAAUAUGAGAAUGUAUCCACAACAAAUGUGGACAUAUAAUCCAUAUACACCAGUACCAUUAUCAAUGCAUCAACAACAACAACAAAUGAAUACAUUACAUGAUUAUAAAAGUCCAACAAUAUUACGAAAUAAAGAUAUUGAUGAUUUAUCAAAAUUAACCGAUAAUACAUGGGCAAAUACAACUCAGGAAGUAAAUUAUGAAGAAAAAAUACGUUUUAGUGAUGAUGAUGAUGAUAAUAAUAAAAAUGAUCGUAUAGAAAUUUUAGAAUCAAAUAAUAAUAAUAAUAAUAAUAAAACACGUCGAUUAAAUACACAAAUUUUACAACAUACACGUUUAAUACAAGAUGAUAAACAUUUAAAACAAAUGCAAGAUAAUAAAAAUUCUGAAUUAAUUAAUACAUUAAAUAUAGCUAAACAACGACGUGAUGAACAAGAACGUCAUCUUAAAAAUGAACAAUUAAUAAUAAAUAAUAUUGAUGAAAAACAAAAACAAAUACCUGGUUAUCAAACACGUCCAUUAUUAACAUCAAAUGAUCAAGAUAAUCAUAAUACAUGGCAAACAAAUAAAGAUCUAGCAAAUACAUCUCGUAUACGUCAUGAUACAACUAAUAGUCAAUCAUCAUCAUCAUCACCAUUUGCAAUGAAAAGUUGGUCCGAUCAAAUGGAUUCAUUUAAUUAUACAUCUUUACAUGAAAAAUCUCGUGGACAUACAGAAAAUGAAGAACAAUCUACUACAAAUAAAUAUAGUCGUUCUCAAAGUGAAACAAGUUCACAAUCUCAACAUCCUAAUGAAUCAAUAAUAAGAAAAUCAAAAAAAUUUCCAUUAACAUCAAAAAAACAACAACAACAACAACAACAACAACAACAAAAAAUUAAUUUAUUACAAACAAAAACUCAAUCGAAAAAACUAAUUAAUAAUGAAAAUUUAAAUUAUAUUGAAAAUCAAAUCAAUUCAAAUGAUCAAUGGAAUGAAUCUAAUGAUAAUCGUUAUCAACACUAUACAAAUGAUAAUCGUCAUCAUCAACAACAACAACAAUUACAAUCAGAUAGUCUUUCAACACAAAAAAUAAAUCGUUAUAAUAAUAAACAAUCAACAACUAAAGAAAGACAACAAACAAAUUCUCGUAUGAAAACAAAUUCAUCUUUAUCAAAUAAAAGUCAAAUAGUAUGGCGUCCAUUAUCACCAAAUCGACCAUUAGAAUCUACGGAUCCAACACCACAAGAAUCAAUUUCAUAUAAAUCUCAACAACGAACAAAUAUUAAUGAACAUAAACAACGAUAUCAAACAACAACACCAACAACACCAACAUCAUCAUCAAUUAUUGAUACAGCAUCAAUACCACCAUUAAUGAGUGUACGAUCUGAUGUAACAACAACAUCAAAUUUAUAUAAUACAACAAAUCAUAAUUUAUCAUCAUCACAUUAUGAUGAUGAAAAUAUUUAUUAUGAUUCAAAUUUAGAUAUGCAUCAAAAUUAUCAUCAUCAUCAUAAUCAUCAUUCAAAUAUACAUAAUCGUAGAUAUACAACAUUAGGUUCAUAUGGACGUUAUAGACGAAGUGGAACAGUUCGUCAUCAACAACAAUAUACAACAUAUAAUAUAAAUAAUACAUCUGGUGUAUCAACAGUACCUAAUACAAAUUCAAGUAUACAUCAAAAAAAGACUUCAAUUAAUCGAACAAAUAAUAAAAAAUCUAAUCAAUCAUCUGAACAAAUAAAAAUUGAUGAAAUUUCUAUAACAAAACCUAUUGAAACAUCUAUAGUAUCAUCUACAUCUGAAAUAUUAACAACAGAUAUUGAAAAAAUAAAUGAUACAUCUGAUCAAAAGAAUUCAAUAAAAAAUGAAAAUAUUAUUUCACAAACAGAAAAUGAUUCAAAUAAAACAAAUAAAAAAACUACAGUAGUUACAUCAUCAUCAUCAUCAAAUGUAAAACGACGUACAAAUAAAAAUCAACAAAAUUAUCAUCAAGAUCAACAUUAUCAAAAUCAACAAGCACCAAGACAUAGAAAUAAUUAUACACGAUCAAUGCAAGAAUAUGAAGCUAUGCAAAUGGCUUCUGCACAUAAUUAUUAUGGUACAACUCGUCGAACAGCACAUAAUGGUCGUAAUACACAUAUGCAUGACUUAUCAAGUGGUUAUUAUUAUGAACAUCCUAAACAACAUUAUAAUAAUCGAUAUAAUUAUUCAAAUGAACAUUAUCCACAACAACAACAACAACAGCAACAGCAACGUUCAACAAAUAAAAAUUCUAAACGUGGUGGUUCAUCAACAACAAAUAAUCGACAACAAAUAAUUAAUGGAAGUAGUAGUAAUAAUAAUAAUAAUAAUAUUUUUCGUCAUCAUUCAACAAGUGAUAAUGAUCAAAAAGAAGGUGAAGAAUGGGAAACAGCAUCGGAAUCAAGUACAAAUAUGCGUAAUGGUCAUUAUGAUACAAAUACAAUAAAUACUGAACAAACAAAUGAAACAAAAACAAUUCAUCGUGGUCGAACACCACCGAAGAAAAGUUUUUCCAGUCAAAGGCCUAAUGCGCGUCAGAUUUUCAAAUAUACGAAUGCAUGA